AAAAGAACUAGGGUGAUCAAAACAGAAACAACGCUACGGUGACCUCCAACAAAAUUUACCCCAAAUUUUCAGUAGAAGCCCAACCCAGAAGGGAAUUUUGCCUUCCAUCGCUCUCGCUGUCUUUUGUUGUUUUGUUUUUUCACUAUUCGCUGUCUUUUAACUUUUGUAAACUUAGCCAUUUCCCUUCAUCUUCUCCACUGCUAACCAGCGAAAAUUCUAAUACUCGAUAAUGGAUGGGAAUGAUUCUGUAGAUUCAAAACAGGACACUACGGAUAUGGCACUUUUCGUCCAGAAUCUACUUCAACAGAUGCAAUCAAGGUUCCAAACAAUGUCUGAUUCCAUCAUCACGAAGAUCGAUGAGAUGGGCAGCAGGAUAGAUGAGCUAGAACAAAGCAUCAAUGAUCUCAAAGCAGAGAUGGGUGCAGAGAACUCUCCUCCUCCAGUUCCUCCUGCGGUAAAAGAUGAUUCCAAGUCACCCAAUGAAUCCUAAUGCGAUAGCUUAAGGAAAUUCGGCAUCUAAAGCCAGUAAUUCAAGCCUCCUCUAAUUGCUAUUUUCAUAGACUACCCUUAUAUUUGUAACUCAUCCUUUUGUUGAAUGUUGAAAACCAUCAGCAACAUGCAUCUUAUUCUUUAAACAGAACUUUAAGGCCAUGAUUAGGCUUUUUAAUCUAUGCAUAUUUGAAUACUGUAA